GGAGAAGGCGAGGCUGGGCGGGCGCCGCGGUGAAGAUGCUGCUGUCCCUGGUGCUCCACACGUACUCCAUGCGCUACGUGCUGCCGGCCGCCGUGCUGCUGGGCACGGCGCCCACCUACGUGCUGGCCUGGGGGGCCUGGAGGCUGCUCUCCUGCUUCCUGCCCGCCGGCUUCUACCAGGCGCUGGACGACCGGCUGUACUGCGUGUACCAGAGCAUGGUGCUCUUCUUCUUCGAGAACUACACCGGGGUGCAGAUAUUGCUCUAUGGGGAUUUGCCAAAAAAUAAAGAAAAUAUAAUAUAUUUAUCAAAUCAUCAAAGCACAGUUGACUGGAUUAUUGCUGAUACUUUGGCCGUCAGGCAGAACGCUCUUGGACACGUGCGUUAUGUGCUAAAGGAUGGAUUGAAAUGGCUUCCAUUGUAUGGGUGUUAUUUUUCUAAGCAUGGAGGAAUCUAUGUAAAACGAAGUGCCAAAUUCUGUGAAAAAGAGAUGAGAGACAAGCUGCAGAGCCACGUGAACGCAGGAACUCCAAUGGACAUCCAGUUUUGCCAGCACCAUUUGUUAAAAAGACUAUCUUUUAUCUAUGGCCACACUGAAACAACUUCUUUUCUAGGCCUUGCAGUAUUAAAACAUGUGCUGACGCCAAGAGUAAAAGCAACUCAUGUCGCUUUUGAUUCUAUGAAGAAUUAUUUAGAUGCGAUUUAUGAUAUCACAGUGGCUUAUGAAGGAACUGUGGACGAUAAAGGACAGCGAAAAGAAGCGCCAUCCAUGACUGACUUUCUCUGCAAAGAGUGUCCAAAAGUUCAUAUUCACAUUGAUCGAAUAGACAAAACAGAUGUCCCGGAAGAACAAGCACACAUGAGAAAAUGGCUCCAUGAACGUUUUGAAAUAAAAGAUAAGUUGCUUAUAGAAUUCUAUGAUUCACUGGAUCCAGAAAGAAGAAACAGAUUUCCUGGGAAAAGUGUUAAUUCCAAAUUAAGUCUGAAGAAGACUUUACCGUCAUUACUGAUCUUAAGUGGUUUGACUGCUAGUAUGCUUAUGACAGAUGCUGGAAGGAAACUGUAUGUAAAAACAUGGAUAUAUGGAACCUUGAUUGGCUGCUUAUGGGUUAGUAUUAAAGCAUAAAGAAGUAGCUGUCUCCAGUCAGUGGAAUGUGCUACGCUGUCUGUUACUGGCAGCUGCACAUUACAUCAAAUUGUUUCCUGAAUUUAAUAAGAAGUGUAAAUAAAGCCUUGUUGAUUGAACAUUGGAUAAAAUAGAAUUUCUGUCUAAAGCCUGUAUGCAGUUGGUCUUGGGCGAGCUUACGUGGUUUUACAGCUCUAGUCCUGAAGUUGCUGGAAAGGUAAAAGCUAAAUGACGUUUAUGGUAUACUUUGCAUUUCCCAUGAACUAAUGUCAACUGCAGAAGAUUAUUAGGACUGUAUAAUUUCUUACUGCUGUGUAAUUCAGCUGGCUAUAUUUAGGAACAUUAAUUCUGCAGUAUAUUUCACUGUAUUUGUUAUUUUCAAUUUUUUACAACUUGACUAGUUUCAAACUCUUACACGAGCAUCUACUAUCUUGCAGCUAUGUAACAUUUUUUUUUGCUUAGUUUCUUUAAGUCAAUCAGAGAAAUUGUAUUUAAGUAUCAAGAAGUUCAAGGAAAAAGGCAAAAAAAAAAAGUUCAUGGGGAAGAAGCUCUGUUCAGCACGUGUUUUUGUCAUGUUGCAUUAUUAGCUGACUUCCUUACUUUAUAUUGGAAAAUAAGUAACAUUUCUAAGUUAUUGAAAGCAGCUUAAUUUGCACACCCUGUACUGUACACAAAAGAAUGUGUAAAACAUGAGAAAAUUGUGACUCUGAUUCAAUGUAGCAGAAGUUUAAAUUGCCCAGCUUUUUAAAUAUUGUGGUUAAGCUGUUAGUACUUUGCAACAUCUGUGCCAUAAGUAUUUGAGAAUAUUAAGAUUUCCUGUUAUUUUUUUACAUCAAAAUAAUGAGUGUGAACUUUUAUUGAACCCUGAGUCCAGAGAUAGUUGAGGUAAUAGGAGCCUUCAGAUGUUUCGAUGAGAUUUACUAGUAUGGGCCUUUUGCUUGUUACUCUUUGAUUUCACGAGCUAUUUAAUCCAGAAAUCAUCUUUAAUGUCAUCAUGGUAGACUUCCACUGUAUUCUAGUCCUUUUCGUUUGGAUUGAAGUCAUUGGUGCUGUUUAAUGACUUACACAGUAGACUUGCUAUGAAGAAAUGCAUAACCAACAGUAUUUGUCCUGUUUUAAAGUCAGACUCUUUAAGUUCUUGUAAGCAAGCUUCACCAGCCAGUGCAAAGGCAUUUUGCAUUUGUCUCGUGUCAAGAAGUUCACCUUCCUCAAGUCAGUGUGAUACAGACUCAACAGGACCGAGUGAGUUUGUUUAUUUCCCAUUUAUUUUAAUGAGGCUAUAUGAUUGAUGUGCAUCAUUUCAAAACGAGAGCGAUGUUCCAGGAACCAAAUAACACAAUUUUCAAUCGUAGAACAAUAUACCCCAUGGAAGAGGAGCUUUUUUAAAAAAUAUGGUCUGCUCUGUUGUAUUUUAUAAUUUAAACUUGUCCGCUAGUCCUUUAAGAUAACAUUUCUGCUUACUGCUAAUGGAUUUUUAUUGCAAAAU